UACAAUUUAAUGGAAAAUCUACAAGUUUAGCCAAAGAAAGCAUUUCCCAUAUCUAUAUAAGUAACUUAAAAAAAAAACAAAAACAAAACUUAUCAAAGAUAUUUUGAAAGCAAAGUGACAAAGGAAAAACAUUGUGAAAAGAAGACAAGAAAAAAUGGGGAGAGUGAAAAUACAGAUUAAAAGAAUAAAUGAUAGGCAACAAAGAAAUAUUGCAUUUGCCAAAAGAAAAAAUGGGCUUUUAAAGAAAGCUUAUGAACUCUUUAUUCUAUGUAAUGUCCCGGUUGCUCUCAUUCUUUUCUCUCCUUCUGGUAAACUCUUCGUUUUUUAUGCCAAAGCGAGGCUCGAAGAAACUAUAUGCAAGUAUCUUGCUGUGCCUAAUUAUAAACGCAAAAUUAGGCUCCCAGAUGAACAGAAUAUACGACGAUUGGUUAUGAAGAUGUGUUCUGAACCUAUGUGCAGUGAAUUGAACUCGAGAGAAAGUCUUGACGAUGGGAUUCGUUAUCAAAUUCAACCAAAGGUGAUCGAAGAUGAAAUCGAAGAAUACUAUGUCCGAUUGGCCGAGGUGGAAGAACGAUUGGAGCGUUUCCUGAAAAUACCAAAUCAGUGGGAAUCACUAGAUGAACUUAAACGUCGAGAGGAAGAUCUCCAGAAGACGUUGGCUAUAGUUCAAUCUCGGAAGCGAGAUUUGAAAUAUUCCAUGGAGAUUUCGUCAGUGGAAUAAAAACUUUCUUGUGGAUUUAAGCAAAACUAUUUUAUUUUAUAUAUCCGAAAAUAAACUCAAUGUUACUGGAAUAAAAUUAUAUAUGGUUUCUUUGUUACGUAUGAAGCAAAAAUUCAUUUUAUUCAUCAUAUAUAUAUCCUUAAGAUAAUUACCAGUUACAUCCAUUAAGACAUGAAGUUAUUUUUUCAUUUUCACCUUUACUCUUUUUUAUUAGAGUAAAAGCUUAGACAUAAUGGGCCUGGGCCUACACAUGGCCCGUAAAGGAUCCAUCUUACGCAUACCCAACCCAGUACUCUCAGACAUAUCCAUCUCUUCUCCUUUCACAUUCUCCCAUUCAAAGCAUUGAAUCAACGAUCCAAGCGCCAAUGUCACAAUCCUCUGACCUAAUCCGGCGCCGGGACAAGUUCUGCGGCCAUUCCCAAACGGCAUCAGCUUGUAUACAUAGUAAUCACUUCCGCAUCCUUCGUUAUACCGAUCUGGAUUAAACUUCUCUGGCUCCUCCCAAAGCUCUGGAUCUCUAUGUAUAGCCCAAGCGUUAACCAUCACUAUCGUACCUCGCGGGACGUCGUAACCGCCGAUUUUCAUGUCCUCCGUCGGUGAUCGAGGGAUUAGAAACGGUGCCACCGGAAAUAGCCGGAAUGUUUCGGAGACGACGUUCUGGAGGAAAGGAAGCACGGCGAUGUCUUGUUCGUCGAUUAGUCGAUCUUUCCCGAUCUUCUCAUCUAUCUCCGAUCUCGCCUUCUCCAAUACUUGUGGAUUUCUCAGUAAAUUCGACAUCGCCCACUCUAAUGUUACGGCGGAGGUCUCAGUCCCGGCGAGCAUCAUCGACUUCACAAUUUCAAAAUCAGGUCAAAAUCGAAUCUCACAAUUUUGAAUCUCAAAGAGGUUAUAAGAAUUUACCAUCAUAAGGCCUUUGAUGAUGACGUCAGUGUAAUACUCAGGUUCUUGUUGUUGUAGAGAGAUCAAAUGAUUGACCAUUGUGUUACCUUCUUGAUCUCUUCUACAUUCAUCGAGCAAACGUUGCAAUAUAUCAUCCAUGGAUUUGCCUAUAGCUUUAACUUCUUUCUCGAAUUUGUUUCCGAAUAUUUUUAGUAUUGGUAAGUAAUCGGCGGAAUGAUUAGCGCCGCUGUACAUGGCGAUAUCGUAGACUAGCUUCUUGAAUAGCUCUGCUUCUUCCUUGUUGUUGACAUCGUCGCCGUAGUAUAUCUUCCCUGUAACCAUUCUUACUAUGUUGUUGAAUGUUAGAUCGGAUAAGAGCGGUUCGAGUUCGAUGUGAGUGAAGUGGUUGCUUCCGUUGGAGGUUUGUGUGUAACGUGAGAGGCGAGUGAGCAUUCGUAAGAUCUCGUCUUUGCGGAUGUGUUGGAAGUUGACGAGACGGUGUGAGGAGAGAAUCUCUUGAGAGCAAAUGCGGCGGAGGUUACGCCAGUGGUCACCGUAAGGAGCUGUUCCAACGGUUGUGUGGUUGUAUGCGACGUAUUUGGCGGUGAGUUGGAGCGGCCGGCUAGAAAGAACGAUGUCGUUUUGGCCGGUGAAGGAUUCUUGGGCGAGGGAAGGGGAAGUUAUGACCACGACACGGCGGGAGCCGAAACGGAGGGAAAAGAUUGGGCCGUAUUGGUUGGAGUAACGUUGGAGGAGACGGUGGAUCGGCGGUUUCAUGAGGUGGAGAUGGCCGACGAAGGGACGUGACGGUGGCCCCGGAGGAAGCUUGAAACGUUGCGUUUUGGAGUAGAGGAAUUUGUAAGUUAGAACAAGAAAUAGGAGAGGAAGAAGGAUAAAGUAUAACAUUGUGUCCUCUUCGAAUUUCAGGAUGUUUGUGUUUCUUUCUACUUGUGGAGGAUGGAGUUAUUGGUUUGUUUGUUUUAUUUAUAGAGAAAUUUUACUCAA